AUGCUAAGACUGGCGGCGGCCUGGAGCGCUUCGUCCUGCACCAUGUGGAAGGACAAGCUCCUGACGCACGUCAACUCGUUGGACCAUGAGUACCAGACGAAGCUGCUUGAGAAGAGGCAGCCUGAAGCGAAGGUGCUCAUGGCCGACUUCCUGCGGAGUAAUCCGGAGAAGCCAGCAGCGCCGACCACCGAAACCUCCGAGCAAAAGGCGCUUGAGAUGAGGUGGGACGUGGCGCACUGGAAGAGAGGAAGGGGCGACCUGCGGAACCUGCUCAAUCAGGCUCUGCCCAAUUGCUUUCUGUCGACACUGCCGGACGUGGUGUCCUCCAUGGGCCCAUGUGAGGUGAUCCGGCUCCUCGAAAAAGAUUUUGGCCAAGGUGACGCGGCCGGUCUGAUGGAGUUGACACGGUCUCUGAAUAAGUUGACACGCAGCCCCUAG